CGGGAGUCGCGGGGCGGCCGCUCGGGGCCAUGGAGCUGCCCGCCGUGAGCCUCAAGGCCAUCAUUCUGGUACACUGGCUGCUCACAGUGUGGGGGUGCAUGAGUUACAACUUUCCAGCCUCCUAUGCCUGGGGAAACUUCAGCAUACUUGCAGUGGGAAUCUGGGCCAUUGUGCAGCGAGAUUCCCUUGAUGCCAUCGUGAUGUUCCUGUCUGGCCUGCUGCUCACAGUCCUCACAGACAUCAUUCACAUCAGUGUCUUCUAUCCCACCAAGAACUAUCUCACAGACUUGAAGCGUUUCACUGUAGGCAUGGCCAUCCUCAGCCUCCUCCUCAAACCUGUGUCCUGCUAUUUUGUGUAUCAGAUGUACCGAGAGCGUGGAGGAGAGUACACGUUUAACAUAGGCCUUGUCCGUGCAGGUCAGGACCGUAGCAGCUAUGAGCAAAUCGACCAUCAGGGUGCCUCUCCGCAGUGGCCUGAUGCAAGCAAGUCACCCCAGCAGCCGUACUGAGGCCCUCAUCUGGACCUGCAAACCUGGAAGCAAAAGAUGUUUCCUUGCCCWGUCCAGCCUUACGCUCCUCCCGUGUCUGUUCUGAUGGAGCAAGAUGUGGUACUGGCCAAACAGGAGAGGAUCUGAGUUUACUUUCUUCUGCCUUCCUGAAGGUCGAGCAGAUGCAUUCCUACAGAAGAUCUCAGAGAUGCCAUGCUAAGUGCUGUGACUCUUUGUAACCACAGUAUAUCCUGUCUCCCUUCCCCUAAAUCUCUUUUCUGUGUGAGUGGAAGCCCUUUCCACAUUCUACCAUAUCUUGUACUGAGUGUGUCCUUCAUUAUUAAGUAAGGGAAGCUGCCUUCAAAAAAUACAGGAGUUAAACCUGCUUUUAUGAAGAAUACAUCUCCAGGAAACAUCUGGGAGUUCUGGGGAACUGGUUUUGACUGUAUUAUUUGACCAAGAUUUAUGUUGAGAAAUCCCCAUACUAAGUACAGUGGUUUGYGUGCAGCUGUCGUUGGUGUAGAAAAACUUACUGGACCUGGAUGUUGCUUGURCUUCCAGUACCUUGUGUGCUCCCAGUACCUUCCAGGUUUAUUCACUGUUGUCUGUACGCAAACUGACUAUCGCUCAGGAUAUUAGAAUGACCUUAAAACGACUGUUAAAUUUAGGUUGUAGAUGCUGUGCCUUGAAAUGUCUUUUUGCCUUCAGUUGCAAACAGAACUUAAAAUGUUACAUUUUUCUAAGAAAACUAUAAAAUGAACACAGUUCUGUGUUUUAAAAAAAUGACUGGUCACAUACCUCAUUUGAAGAUGUUGAUAAUUUCUGAUGGGUUGUGACUAUAGCUGGGGAGACUGGGAGCGUCAUUACAGGAGGAGGUUCUACAGGAUUUUGAUGGGUUUUAGUCUAAAUUUUACUCAGAAAACUAGUGGGUCCUGCACAGCAGAGCAUGGUCAGUGAAAGUGGACUAGUAAACUAAGAUUGGUAGAAAAGGUGUCCAAGAGGUUUCCUUAUAUGAAAAAGAGCAUGUGAACAUUAGCAGAGUAAAAACACUAGUGCUGCGAAGAUGUGUUUUUCUGARGCAGGUCAACAUUUGAAUUAUACAUCUGUUAUACUACAGUUGCAUUUCCCUGACAAGACUGCUGCUUCAUUAACUCUUCAGCGACCAUGAGUCCCUAUUAACUUUAAGCUUUAGAACCACAAUACUUGUAUGCUGAAAAACAACCAGUUUUCUCCCACACUGAGUUUUGUACAUUAAAUAUGAAAAGGUGCUUUAACCACUACACAAGCAAUGCAGUGAUCUUUUCCUGUUGUACCUGAACCAUCGUCAUUCUUGCUUGCACCAAGCAUAUUUUAAAGGCCACAGAACUGCAAUAGCCUGAUUUAUUUCUCUGAGUGUUGUGCAUUCAUUUUGCAGGUGACUGUUGGCACAGGCUGCCAUGCAGUAGAGCAUGCAGUAGAGGACUAGCAAUGAGUCUGCUCUUGUGAGCAGAGGGAAGAAUGAAGAUUAGGUAGACAAAAGUUGGUGUUUUUGUGGAGUUGCUGGUUUGAGUGUAGUGCAGACUUUUAUGUUCAGUUAAUAUUUCUUUAGGUCUUUUUAGCUCUACAGAAAUGUACAGUGGCAGUACUGGUCCCUGAAUAUCCCACUUAAACAGGCCUGCGGGACUCUGUGAACCACACAUUAAAAAUGCUUUUUGUAAAUGUAAUGCUUUAGGGAGAGUUGCCUGGACAUGAAGGAUUCAUAGAAUCAUUAUAGAGUCAUUAUGGUUGGAAAAGACCUUCAAUAGAGCUCAAUUUUAGAGGCCUUCAUGAGGCCUUCCCUGACAUUUUCCAUUGCAAAAGAURCUACAAAAUCUGUAGAUGUCUGUUUAGCUGAUCU